AUGGCUUUAUUAAAACAAAAGUUCUUUUGGGAACUUUCAACUAUAAUCGGUCAAGUAUUUGCACCUGGAAUCGAUAAGCUCAUUUCUCUGGGUUUACCAGCGGAAAAUUUAGAAUUCUUGGGUCACUCAGCUGGAGCUCACAUAGUUGCGUCCACAAUUGAAUAUAUGAUCACACCUGUAAAAAUAUUAAUUGGAUUAGAUCCAUCACGGAAUUUGGCAGAUUUUCGACGAGGUCUUGCUGAAUUCACCAUUGCUUUGCGAAGUGAUUCCACUUAUAUUGGAAAUAUUAAUUGGAAUGCAGAUUUGGAGUUAAUUUUAAAUGGUGGAGUACGUCCUCAACCGGAGUGUCCCAAAACAGAAGAAUUUGAUCUGAUAUCUACUUGCAGCCACCGUUUCGUUCAAAUUGUUUGGCGAAGUAUAGUUGAAAAUCAAGGCCAAAAAUUAUUUUAUGGGGUUCGAUGUAAUGAAAUUGAAUGUGAUUAUAGUGAUAUUAAAGAGAUUACUCCAGCUUUGAGGUAUUUGUAA